AUGUACAUACUGAGUAUUAUAAUUUUGACUCAUGGUUUAAAGUCGUUAAGAUCUGAAGCAUAUUCUUAUGCGUUAUUAAAUAAUAUAUUUUAUUAUCAAUAAUUUUGAAGCUAAACACUAACCUCUUAUUUACAGUUAACAGUUUUUGGUAUAAUAAAAUAUUGUUCUACUUUUCUUAUUUUUUUAAUUUUUAUUAUCUUUCUUGAUGUGAUGUAAAAAAAAACCGCGAGAGGGGUUAAUUUCAGUUCAACCCUGCGGAAAAUUAACCCCCGUCGGCCUUUUUAAUGCUUUUGUAAUCUCUAUAUUUAUAAAAUUGCAAUAUUUAUUUAAAUAAUAAUAAUGAAAUAAUACGUUACUUUGGAGCGGUGAUUCCCACCUUUAUACUGUUGUCAACACUUACACCAAACCGAAGAAUGUUUUGACACAAAGUUCGAGUUUUUUUCACUAAUUAGCACUCGCGCGGAACAAAAACACUCUUGAAAAUGACAUAAAUGUUUCUUAUGAGACAACGGAAACUUUGCAUGUUCAAGUACAUCUAUUAUUCGCGUGAAAAGUUCUCCAAACACUUUAAAUAACACUCAUCACUAUUGGACAAAAUAAAAAAAAAAAAAAAAAAAAAAAAUAAAAAAAAAAAAAAAAUAGCAGAAAAUAAUACAGAUCUACAAAGAAUUUUAGAUAAGGUCGUUGCAACGAGUGAAGAAUUUGGUCGGUCACUAAACAUAAAGAAAACAAAAUUCAUUGUUAUAUCCAAGAAAAAAAUUAGAAACAUUAAUCUACACGUGGUAGUGUCUCGGCGCUUGAUAUUUUGUCUAUUACCAGUGAAACUACCAGUUUUUAAUUAUAGUUAAAGUGAUCAAACUAACUUUAAACUACACAGGUUUAUGGAUUAUAAACAAUUUACCAGUUUUGUUUUUUGCGGGAAACGAAAGUAAUUAGUUUCGGUAGUACCGUAAAUAAAUUAUCAAUAUGUCAUCAGAUGUUACUAUACAGGACGUCCCAGCGAAUAAAUCUUAUUCUACCGCAGCUUCACAGCAAAAUUUCUUCCCAGGAAAAGAAAACGCAAUACUUUUUAGCGCUAUUAAUAAUACACCACUGCAAGAUUAUCUUAUUUCUUUAGGUAAUUUAAUAAAUCCCAAAAAUAUCUUAUUCUCGUCUCGCCUAUCUAAUAAUCGAAUAUGCAUGUAUUUAAGUAGCAAGCAAGCUGUUGAGGAUUUUAUGACAAACUAUGGUUCUAUACAGGUAAAUGGAGAAACAGUCAGGGCCAGAAGGCUCAUAACGCCUGCAGAAAGAAUAGUGCUAUCAAAUGUUUGUCCAAGUAUCCCACACGAAGUAAUCAUCCAAGAAUUAAAACAUCUCGGCCUAAACUUAGUUUCUCCAAUCACUUUCCUAAAGAUCAGUGCCUCUCUUCCAGAAUAUAGCCAUAUAAAAAGUUUUAGAAGGCAAGUGUUUAUUAGUCCGCAUAACACGACGAUCCCAGAUUCAAUUCUUCUGAAUUAUGAUAAUACUAAUUAUAGAAUAUUCAUUUCGCAGGAUAGUAUGACAUGCUAUAUAUGUAAACAAAUAAAUCACAUUGCUAGUAACUGUCCAAGCAAUAAAAAUUCUUCUUCUCAGCCUUCAGGACCCUUAACUCCCCCUACUGUUCAAUCUUCUGACUCUCCUACCAAUGCUGGUAAUCAAGUAGACCACACUUCUAAUAAUGAUCAAAAUAAAAAUACCGAAAUAUUCCCACAAGUAUCCAUACCAAACACCUCUAACUCUACAUCAGUGGAAAUUAUACAGCCCGUUUCUGAAGCAACCCAAGAUUUAAAAACUAACGAAAAUACUCCACUGGAAUCUUCUGCUACAGCCGAAAAUAUAGAGAUAAUUUCACAGACUUCACUAGCGAUCACGAAAGAAUCACCCUGUCCCUCCACCAAACGAACCAUAGAGGAAAUAUUAUCUCCACCUGUUGAAAAUGUCGUUGAUAAUCAAACAUUUCUUCUUCCUGCUCAGCCUCAUAAAACAAAAACUCAAAAGAAUAAAAAACCUAAACGCUCAUUACCUAUCCCCGAAUCACUUGAAUCAUAUCUAAGUAAACAAUCAACACCGUCCAUUUUAAGCUAUGACCAAUUAAUGAUGCUUAUUGAAAAUAUUCAAGGCAGUCAAUCUCCUAUUGAAAUUGUUAAAGAAUUCACAUCUGAUUUCCUUGGUCUCGUAAAUUUGCUUACCGUCUCUUAUAAAUAUAUUCCAGACAGAGCCACAAAAUAUCGUUUUACAAGGCUAAAAACCCUACUGCUACGUUUUCUAGGUGAAGAAGCUACUACUGAGAGUGAACUCUCUUCAACUGAAACAUAACAUUCAACUCAAUUUUACAGUGGAAUGUUGAUGGGCUUUUCAAUCGCUUACCAAUGCUCAAUAUCAUUCAAUCAGAACACUGUCCCGAAAUUAUAUGUCUACAGGAAACUAAUCCUGUAUCUUCUAACCCAUAUUCGCAAAUACAUUUUACAUGCUUUCGUAAAGACCGAACUAACACAGCUCGCGCAAGUGAGGGAGUUGCAAUUUUAGUACCACUUAUUUCGACUUUCCUGCAGUCGUUGGAGUUUCACUUAUCUCAACAAAAUGGUAGAAUAGUCAACUUCAUUUGGACUCCUUGGAAAUGAAGAUGCAGACUCAAGUGCGCGUAGUGCAGUGACUGGUGCGGAUUCAGAAACGGUAUUACAAUAUGCCCCUAAAGACUUGAAAGUGUUGUUAAAACAAUAUGUGUUAAAUGACUGGCUCGAUGAAUGGCAAAACUCAAAUUUAAAACUUAGACCAAUUAAAGACACAGUAAAAAGAGUCAAAACAGUUUAUAAAAGUUGUUAUGAGCAACAGUUUUCAACCGCCUACGACUAAGCCAUACCAGGCUUACUUACUCAUAUUUGUUCUCAAGAUCUGAACCACCUAUUUGUGAAUCGUGUAACACACAAGUAACUGUCAAACAUUGAAUGCCAAAAUUAUACACAAGAACGUAUUGAUUUUAAUAUCGUAUCAAAUAUGUCUGUUCUGGGUGCCAAUAAUAAAGAACCAAAAAUUUAAUUGACUUUUUAAAAACAGUUGGUGUAUUCAAUAAAAUAUAACAAGUUUUUGUAGAUAAUGCAUGUAACCUUACCAUUGUACUAUACUUAUAUUGUACCACAUUUUUUGUUUAACCUAUGUAUUGUUCCGUCG